ACGAACACACGCGCAUAUAUAUUCCAGUACAUCCAGAAACAGUUCAUGUUCGGAUUGAUCUCACGCGAUCCAUCGGAACAAAAAUUUGGCGCUGACCUUUUCCAACGUGUGAAACUACUUUAUCUACCAUUCACCACGUGAAUAGUAUAAUAAAUUUUAAUUUUAAAGUUGCAUGAACAGCAAAAUUCGGAGAACACCAAAAUUUUCUUUGGAUCCAUAUCAACUAAUUCAGAGGAGAUAAGAUUAAACAACCUUCAUUCUUAUCGACAAAUAUUCCCUAAUUCAAAAACCUUAAUAUAUCAUCCAUAUGAAUGAAUGAAUAAAAUUCUUGAAAAGAGUAUACUACAAAAUUGUUUUAUUACUGGAAUUAGUAGUGGAUCGCAAUAUAGAAUAAGAUAAGAUACGUUCAUGGAGUGGUUCAAAAGACGAGGGGUUACCCAGGUAUACGAGUCCAAGACCCCCGUGUUCACCGUAUCCACGCCAUCGACGCCCGAACUCGGCAUCGACUUCCAAACCCCGCCGACGCCUUCGCGACUCCGCUCCCUCGUUGGAGCAUUCCGUCGAACACGUCGAGCGCACCCCCGCGCCCAACCUCAACCUCUACCCUCCUCCCUCGGCUCCAUCGUGGUCGCCACCGUGUUCGGCCUCCGUGUCCCCGGCGCCCGCAUCCACCUCGCGAUCCAACCCCACCCCAGAUCCCCGCCCCUCGCCGUGAUCGAGCUUGCCACCACCACGGGCGCGUUCAUGGCCGACAUCGCGUCGGGGCCCCUCAACUUCGUGCUCCAGUGCGCCACGCGCGGCGGCACGGACGCGCCGCCGCUGUGGGAGGAGGCGCGGUGGGCGCAGUUCUGCAACGGGUGCGUGUCCGGCUCGGCGCGGCGGCGCGGCGGCGGGGAUGCGGACGCGGUUGAUCUGAGGGUGAUCGAUAUGCUCGAGCACGUCUCGUUCGGGGCCGGGAUACUCCCCGAUUACUUCGUGGGGACGGGGACGGGGACGGGGACGGGGACGGGGCCGGUGGAUCUCGUGUACAUGCGCGCGCGGUACGAGCGCGUUGUUCGAUCCAAGGACGCGGAGGUGCUCUCCAUGUUGGGUUCCGAGGUAAAGGGUUAUCCCGAGAUUAGCUUUAACUUAAUUAGGGUUUAGUAUGGAGAGAUUACGAAAUUUUUCUUUUUCUUUUAACUUAUAAAGCACAAGUACUAUCUUG